AUGGGGCGCGGCAGCACUGGGUUGCAUGUUUGCAUGAUGUGCUACAUGCUACCGAGACCUUUACGCCCGCCUCUGGCCAUCAUCUUGCCGUUCCCCGCGACAACAUGCCCUUCGGCGGGGCACCAUGUUCGGUUCAUCGGCCUCCCGUUGGAGGGCCCGUUCGAGAGCAGAGCCCCCGGAGGGUUAUCCCUCCAGUCAAUUGUCAGCGGCGUCCCGGCGGUAGGAGAUUUGCCGAUGGCCAUGUUGAAGCAGCCUGUGGCGGUGAUCAUGCCCGGCACUGGUGCUGCUACGCUGGAACUGCCGUGCCGCCAGGGUGAGCCCAAGGUUUUCGUUAGCUCGUUUACCCCGACCUCCCCGCUCGAACCGCAUCGUCGGGCAGAGAGACACAGUCUGAGCCUUUCGGCUCCUUUCACACGGGCAAAGAUGAUUGUCUGGUUUUUAGUUCGGUGA